ACGUUCUCUCUCAGUUUGCUAGCUUACUCAACUAACUCAAUCAAAUGUGUAUGUACCAGUGCCUUCCUUAGAUACACUCAUUAACCUUGUCGUAAGUCCGUAUUUGGAAUAGGACGACGUGUGCCGCCCAUGCACUAACGCUCAUUUUAUUCUGAAUUGAAUUUUUUGCAUCUACUUGCCCUUUACUGUGAGCUUCAUUUCCCUGCAGUCAUUUGGAUGCACAGCAGCUGUUUUUAAUUUUUCAAUGAUAAAGCAGAAUCUAUACAAGCAAGAAGAUGACAAAGAAUUCAGAAGCAUAUAAAAAAGUUCCAUCCACAGACAGUAUGCCUCCUCAUCAGAAUUUGGAUGACAUGAACGGGAGCCUGGCAAAAGGAAAACUGAGCCAUCGUAAUGGUUCCCUCAACAACAACCCAGAGGGAAAGGAGGCCCUGAAGGAUAGGAACCUUGGCCAUGUCAACCUGAAGAAAAGGGUGGGGCUGUUGUCGGGUAUCUGCCUCAUUGUGGGGACAAUGAUAGGAUCUGGCAUCUUUAUUUCCCCUAAAGGCGUGUUAGCAGGAACCGGGUCUGUGGGUCUGAGCCUGCUUGUGUGGGUUGGUUGUGGAAUCAUCAGUCUGUUUGGGGCCUUGUCCUAUGCAGAGCUUGGCACAUUGAUUACCAAGUCUGGAGCAGAAUAUGCGUAUCUUCAUGAGGCCUUUGGACCAUUCCAUAAGACCCUGGGCCCCAUUCCUGCCUUUCUGUUUGCCUGGACCUCUGUUCUGAUCCUGAAGCCUGCGUUAUUCGGGGUGGUAUCCAUGAGCUUUGCUUUGUACACCACUGAGCCUUUCUUUGAGUGUGGACCCCCUGAUGUACUUGUCAAAAUCGUCUCCAUCGUGUGUCUUUUGUUUGUAUCAUCUAUCAAUUGCUACAGUGUGAAGCUGGCAACAAAGGUACAGAAUUUCUUCACAGCAGCAAAAUUGAUUGCUAUUGCUGUUAUAACCAUAGGGGGAUUUGUCUACAUGGGAAGAGGUGAGGUAGAGGAAAUUAACACUGGUUUUCAGGAUUCUGUGCAGUCACCAUCCUUAAUAGCAUUAGCUUUUUAUGAUGGACUUUGGGCUUAUGAUGGAUGGAAUAACUUAAAUUACAUCACCGAAGAAAUUCAGAACCCUAGAAGGAAUCUUCCCCUGGCCAUCAUGAUUGGUAUCCCCUUGGUGACGGUGUGUUACCUGUUCACCAACCUGUCCUACCUCACUGUGAUGACCCGGGCAGAGCUGCUCCAAUCCACCGCUGUCGCCGCGACCUGGGGAGACAGGGUUUUGGGUGUUGCUGCAGUCUUUAUACCUAUAUCUGUGGCCCUGUCCACAUUUGGUGCUGCCAAUGGCUCAUGUUUUACUGGAGGAAGAUUAACAUUUGUGGCCGCCAGGGAGGGUCAUCUACCUCAGGUCCUGUCCUACGUUCAUCUGAAGAAGUUCACCCCUCUCCCAUCUCUGUUGGUUUCUACUUUCCUGGCUGCUUUAAUGGUCCUAUUGGGAGACAUCUUUGCUCUGAUUGAUUUCUUCAGCUUCACAGCCUGGAUGUUUUACGGCAGUACAAUGGCAGCAUUGUUGGUUCUUAGAUACACCAUGAAAGAUGUUGAGAGACCUUACAAGGUGCCCAUUAUUCUACCCAUAAGUGUUCUCUGUGUGUCCAUAUACCUAGUGAUAGCUCCAAUAAUCAAUGAUCCAAGGAUCGAGUUCCUGUAUGCCUUCAUCUUUGUCAUCAGUGGCCUAGUAUUCUAUGUUCCAUUUGUAGUAAUGAAAAAAUCUCUUCCAUACACUGACACUGUGACUAAAUUCAUCCAGUUGGUCUUAUGGUGUGCACCUAGCAAGUAUGAAUCUGAAAUCAUCGCAGACUGAUGGAGUCCAUCAGAGAUUAUAGCUUUAUCUUAUUAUAUUGUUACUGUGAUAUUGUGCUAUUAUGAUACAUUGAUAUGAACAUGUGUUAAUGUAUAUUUUAUACCUUAUCAUGUUGAAAUUUCAGUGUAAAUGUUUUUCACAGAGCAGCAUGUAUAGAUAUUUUAUAAAUUAUGUAUGUUUAAAAAAAUUAAGAAAGAAAGAAAACUAUUGUUCAAGUGUCAAAUAUAUUUAUAAUUUAUUUUUUUUCUUUAUGUGGAUGCGUCAACAAAAACCUAAUUGUUAUAUCUAUAGAUUUUUAUUUAUUUUUGUUGACUGAGUGCUAUAAAAUCUGUUAUUAUUAUUAUAAUUAUAGAACUGUUGAGUUUUUGUAAUAAAUGUGAAGAAUUGACAGUGUACACGUAUUUACAUAUAGUAUGUAUAGUACAGUUUGUUUACAGACUUUAGCAUUACAGUUGACUGUGUAUAUGUAUAAACAUGCAGGUAUAGUACAGUUUGUUCACAGACUUUAGCAUUACAGUUGACUGUGUAUAUGUAUAAACAUGCAGGUAUAGUACAGUUUGUUUACAGAGAUCAGCAUUACAUGGUCUGCGGUUUUAGUUUAGUAUUACAUCGAGUAUCAAGUAUUGUCGAUACAAUGUACAUUCCAUAUAGAAUCAAGGAAUCUGUUCAAACCUAUCAAAGUCUGCUUUAAUGAGGUUUUCUUUCUUUGUGCGUUUUGUCUAAUGGUCGCUGUGGAACUUUCUCUUGCUGCAAAGACUUGUGUUCCUUUUAUAUGUGUAGCCAUUGUUUGGGUAUUACUAGAUGUGCCAAAAUAAUUACAGCUUAUUCUACCCAGCAUUACAGACCAACUUGUCUGGAGACGUACCCGUCUUUGGACAAACAGUUUUGCAUGUAUUAGUGUGAGAGGGAGUGAGCUUUGUAUACUAUGUAUAUCUGAUUUUAUUUUCUAUUCUGAAAACUGCACAGUGUGUUUUAGUUUUUGAUUUAUUUUAUUGUUUGUCAGCAUUUCAGUUGCUUUCACCUGGUUUCCCAAUGUCCAUAUACCAAUGGUGUGAGAACAUUUGUUUACACCAAAGUGUUAUUUAUUUCCCAUCAGAUAUGAACAUAUAGUAAAUGUAGUUUUUAUUCUCUGUAGCAGAGUAUGUAAAGCUAUUUCAGCAUGUAAAAGUAUUACAUAUACACAAACCAUAAAAUUUACUUUUCAUAUGCAUCUGAUUUAUCUAUCUACACAUACCCACUUAGGUUGUUGUUACUAACAUGAAUAGAACCCCUCCCCCCUUUCAUCUUCAGAAGUUUCAGGGCUUUUAUUUUUCAAUGUAGAUAAACUGGUCAGUGUAUAGAAACAAAGUUGUAUUUCAUCAAUAGUGUUAAAGGGAAAUAGAAAUGCUGGUAAGAAUGAUUGGUUUACAUGUAUAUUAUAACAAUAAGACAUCAAACCGUUUUAUACAUUCAAGUCCUAUAUCUAUGUCACUAUGUUAGCGUUGUGUAGGUGAAGUGACAGUUUUCAGUGAUAAGGCCAGUUAUGGUCUGUUCCCAUCUUAUUUUGAAAUGUUUCAGUGUAAACUUUUAUUGUAACACAUCAAUUUUUGUUCAUUGGUAAAUGUUUUAUGUUUUGCGUGACUGUUGAUUCUAAUCUGGUUUAUGCAAACGUGUGUAAACACACAGAUCUCAAUAAAUGGUACUGCAGCCUAGAA